AUGAAAAAACUCAUUGAAAGUAUCGAGUCUAUCCAGAAGAAUACUCUAAAAGGUACCAAAGAGGCCCUAAGAAACCUUUUUGAACUGGCCACUACCCUUUCCAGUAGUCAAGUAGAUGAAAUUCAUUCAAGUUAUCCAUCCGGCCCCGAGUCUUAUCUUAUCUCUUUAGUAAGAGCUUGUGUUUUGAUCAAUGAAGGAGAGCAAGAAGAAGCCUUUAAGAUUGCCAUGGAUACUUUAGCUGAGAUGGAUAAAGGAGAUACAAGAGCUUUAGAUGGUGUUUUAGCUAGUCUUUGGACUGUAAUAAGAAUUACUUCUACUGCUACGGGUAAGAAUAUGCUAUCUAACUACUUACUCGGUCUGUUUAAAAAUCGCGAGUAUCGUAAUGCCGAAACCACUACUGUAAUAAUUAAUAGUAUCUUAAUGUACUUCCAACGCCGCGAGUUAUACGAUGAAGCGUAUACGUUCUUAAGACACACUAAGUUGCCAGAAGGUGCUGAUGUUGGUCAUUCAUCGGUCUUUCAUUAUCUUUCUAGUGUAGUUUACCUUAUGGCUGGUGAGUAUGCUAUGGCUGAGCAAAUGGUCAACCAGGCUAUUGUUAAGAGUACAGAUCCUUUGUUUACUCAGGAGUACCGUAAAGUACAUAUUCUGACUCAGCUUCAUUUGGGUAAGCAUCCAAAUCGGGUUUAUUUUCAAAACAAUCCUGGUCUAGGUGUUUAUCAGAAGAUUCUGCUGGCCAUUAAGUCAUGUUCUUUAGAUCUAUUCAAUCAAGCCGUUGCGGAAUCAAAAAGCAUCUUAAAAGAGGAUGGAAUGUAUCAGGCAGUAGUCCGACUGGAAUCAGCCGUACAAAAGGAGAACGUUCGUCGAGUAGGUGUGGUUUAUACCAAGAUAUCACUUAGUGCUGCAGCUAAUGUCUUAGGCGUUUCAGAAGAAAGUGCCGUCUUUCUCUUACAAAAGGCUAUCUCGGAAGGGCUAAUUACUGGUUAUAUCGACAAAAACACUAAUGAGUAUAUUUCUAAUGAAAAUGAAGACCAACGGCCUAGUUCUCUUAAGAUAGAAGAAAUGCUCGGUCUAGCCAAUACUCUAGCCAUGCUCAAGAAGCACGAGCCAAUCAAGAAGAAGUCACUGGAAGAAAUGCAAGCCGAUAUGACCUAUGCCGAGUACCAAAUGUAA